GGCACGCACACACACGCCUGCAAAAAAGAACGAACCUUCAACGCGUGCGGUUGUGUCGUCGGUCGUUCGAUUCCGGUGCGGUUCCAGUGGAAUGGUUUAAAAGCAAGAUUAUUCUCUUCGGUGCGCCGCGCAAAGUGCGUAACGAACGCGGUGGAGAUUUAAAUCCUGGGGGCUGCCGGGAAAAAGCGGCCGUAAAUAGAGAGGCAAAAAAUUGCUCCUCUUUGGGUAGUGGGCAUUAAGAGCCGGACACGUGCGCUGGCAAUCGGCAAGCGGUAGUCCAGUGCCGUGAGAGUGCCGUGUUGUGUGUAAGCGCGUGCGCCGUGUCUGCUGUUGAUCGUGAAAUUUAGCCUUCCGUGCACUGCUGUGAAGCAAAGGUCGCAAAGGGAGGGUGGCUUCUGGGGGGCUAGUGAGCUAAAGGCUAAGGGCAGUGGAAGCAAAAAGGGCCGGAAGAUUUGCAAGCGCUUGCAAUGUUGCCACGGCCUGAAGCGCUCAAGUGUUCCGGAGCCGCAUGGAUCGAUCAAGCCACCGCUGGCCUGCUGCUGCACCGUCACCACGGCGAGUCUUGGUGAGCGGGCGUGACGACGCCAGUCCCUUAGAGCGUGCUAAAACUCCGACCGUCGUGUCCUGUGUGUAUAGUGGAUGAAAAUUAAGCAAAAAGAAGAAGAAGAAAAAGAAAAUAAGCCGCAAUAAUAUUUCCUUUUCUUUCGGUGGGAGUUUGUUUCUGCGUGGCAAAAUUAAAAAAAAUAAGAAAUCGAGUGUUGUUGUGUGCGAAGCGCGCAGUGUCGAUUGCGUGUGCAUUUUUGUGCAAUUUGUGGGCAAGAAAUAGCGUGUGCGUGUGUUUGUUUGAAAUUGUUCGGGUUAGUGUGUGUGUGUAUUGGGCUUGUGGCAAAAAGUGUGUUUGUGAUAAAUACGAAUAGGAGCAACAGCAUUAGCAGCAGCAGCAAGAUGUUAGCCGAAUCGAUACAAUCAUCAGCGGCCCAUGGGCGGCAGGGGCGUCGGUCGGUUCCAGUUGCCCGCGGAGGCCCGCUGCUGGUCGGCUACCUCCUGGCGACGGUGUUCGUCGUCGGUACCCUAUGUGCCUGGCAGGAGAACGUUCGACCGAAGCUCUACGUCACGCUAGCCGACAAGGAGUACCUCCGGUUCCAGGGGAACGAAUCGACGAACGACUUCUUCAAGCUGGUGCUGCGCGACCCGAACAGCAACAAUCUGCUCGUCGGUGCACGAAACAUCGUCUACAAUCUCAGCAUUUACGACCUGGCGGAAACGACGCGUCUCUCCUGGUACUCCUCGGACGACGACAUCAAGAUGUGCAUCGUGAAGGGCAAGGAUGAGGAUCUAUGCCAAAAUUAUAUCCGGGUGUUGGCCAUUCCGGCGCAGGGCUCGCUACUUAGCUGUGGGACGAACGCAUUCCGGCCGCUCUGCCGGACGUACUCCAUCAACGGCAACAACUACACGGUGGAGACGGAAAAGCCCGGACAGGCGAUGUGUCCGUACGAUCCCACCCACAACUCGACGGCUGUGUUUGUAGAUAACGAGUUGUACUCGGGCACGGUUGCUGAUUUCAGUGGGCUCGACCCGAUCAUCUAUCGCGAACAUCUGCAAACGGAACAGUACGACAGUCUCAGCUUGAAUGCGCCCAACUUUGUCGGAUCCUUCACGCAGGGUGACUUUGUGUACUUCUUCUUCCGCGAGACGGCCGUCGAAUUCAUCAACUGUGGCAAGGCCAUCUUCAGCCGUGUGGCUCGUGUGUGCAAGUGGGACAAGGGUGGCCCGAAUCGGUUGAAGAACCGAUGGACGUCCUACCUGAAGUCGCGGCUCAACUGCUCCAUGCCGGGCGAUUUUCCUUUCUACUUUGAUGAAAUACAAUCUACCAGCAACCUCGUCGAAGGCAGAUAUGGGCAUGCCAACUCUAAGCUGAUCUACGGCGUUUUCUCAACGGCACCGAACGCUAUUGCUGGCUCAGCAAUAUGUGCAUUUUCGCUACAGGAAAUUUCCGACACGUUCGAGGGCAACUUCAAGGAGCAGAGUGGACUCAACUCGAACUGGCUGCCCGUAAACCCGCUAAAUGUUCCCGAUCCGCGGCCCGGCUCCUGCCACAACGAUUCGCGCACACUGCCCGAUCUGACGCUCAACUUCAAAAAGACCCAUUCGCUGAUGGACGAAACCGUGCCCGCAUUUUUCGGCUCCCCCAUCCUGACGCGUGUCAGCACGAUGUAUCGAUUUACUGCGAUUGCGGUGGAUCCACAAAUCAAGACUCCCGGCGGCAAGACCUACGACGUUAUCUUCGUUGGUACAGAUCAUGGGAAAAUCCUCAAAACGGUUAACGCCGAAUCGGCCGACUCGAACAAGAAGGUAACGUCGGUGGUGAUCGAGGAAAUCGAUGCACUUCAAACGAACGAACCGAUCCGGACGCUGGAAAUCGUUCGCACAACGCAGUACGACACACCGAAGGACGGCAGUUAUGAUGAUGGGAAAUUAAUUAUAGUCACCGAUACGACCGUGCUGGCGAUCAAAUUGCACCGCUGCAGUAGUGAGAAGAUAACAAGCUGCAGUGAGUGUGUAGCGCUGCAGGAUCCGUACUGUGCGUGGGACAAGAUUGUGGGCAAAUGCCGGUCGCACGGUGCCCCCCGGUGGUCGGAAGAGAACGUGUUCUACCAGAGCGUCGCCACCGGCGAUCAUGCGGCCUGCCCGUCGGGCAAGAUGGCAAAGGAUGCGAACGUGGUCGAGCGGCAAGGAUACCGAGACCUCGAGUACGAUCCGCAACGUCCGUUCCGAGAUCAGCCGGCCGAUAAGAUUCAGUUCAACUCGGAAAACUACAACGACAAGGGUCCGCAGAUUACGCCCGACCUGAUAAACGCCCAGUACACGGUCGAGACGCUCGUGAUGGCCGUCCUGGCGGGGGCCAUCUUUGCCCUGCUGGUCGGUUUCAUUACCGGCUACUUCUGUGGCCGCCGGUGCCACAAGGACGAGGACGACAAUCUGCCCUAUCCGGACACUGAGUACGAAUACUUCGAACAGCGCCAGAAUGUUAACCGGAUACAAGCCGAACCGAAGCUACUUCCACAGGUCGAAGAGGUGACAUACGCCGAGCCUGUACUAUUACCUCAGCCGUCUAGUCAGAAUAAGAUGCAACAUUCGCCAAAAAAUACGCUAAGAAAACCGAUGGGCCAUCACCAUGGCGUCAACUCGGAAACGUUGUUCCAGUUCCAGCCGGACAACUACAACAAUGCACGCGACAAUUACCGAGGCCGUGACAACUUCGGUACACUGCGAUCGCACCAGGUAUAUCUUUGAGACGGAAACGGGGCGGCUGAGACCAGCCAGGGACUGAUCAAUCAAAAUAUGGUCCUUAACUCAAACACUCGUAAUAGAAGUCUCGGCCGUAUGAAAAGGCAGCCGCCCCGGCAUGGUAUGGUAACACAACAUCGUUCCGACAGUCCACACCAUUCCAGCUCCGGAUCUUCCCCCGUCAUGUCCAACAGUAGCUCUAGCCCUGCGCCCCCAUCCAGCAGUCCCAGCCCGCAGGAGAGCCCCAAGAACUGCAGCUACAUCUACCGGGAUUGAUUAAGACACGUGCCCCAGCAGCAGCAGCAGCAACAGCAGCAGCAACGACAUCCUGCAGCGACGACGAGCCUGUCCUAUCCGGCACUCGUCGUGCUCAACAGUGACGCCGCGGCUGGUGGCGACGGUGGUAUACUUUACCCUUCUGACAGCAACAACGGUGGCGGUGCCGUGCCGGCCGGCCCAACCACCCCACAGCCCAACUACACACUCUGCUACCCCACUCACUAUCCUUCCACUUCUGCGGGCGCUGGCAGCUCGUACUCUCCCGGCCCGUCCGCCGCCGCUGCCGCCUAUCAACCGGUCGCCUCGAUGCCACGGUCCGCCUCGCCGCUCGCCAGCAGUUCGCGCAUCCACACGCACCACCUGCUGAACAGCACCAACAGCAGCGGCAACGAUACGACCAAAAAGCUGAACCGGCUCUCCACCUCCUCCUCGCUAUCGAUCAUCACACCACCAGCGACACCGAAGCGACCGUCCGGGGGAGGCGCUGGCCACCACAGGACGGUGGCCGGCCCGACCGGAUCGACCGGCCGGCUCAAGAUGGCACUCGGCACCUCGCUGGCCCAAAACUUUAACCAAAAGCUAGCGAACCUGAACGACAAGUGGAACGAUUUCAGCUUCCUGCUGCUCAAAGGGGCCGGCGCGUCGUCCGGUGCCGGCGGGCCGGCGGCGGCCAGCAGCAGCAAUGGCAGUGGCCCGUCCGGCCGGCCGAACGUGCGGCACGAUUCGUACCACUCGAUCGAGUCCGCCGUCACCUGUACGGCGGCCGACUUUGAGGCGGGCAACUUCUAUCACCGCGCGGAAAGCGAAUCGGAAAGCAAUCAGGAGUUCCGGAGCGCUACUGCCACCGCCGCCGGUCAGCAGCGCGCGGUGCGUGAACCGUCCAGUGCUGCUGGCCGGCUGCUGGGUGGUGGGGCGAGUCGAUCGCGCGAACAGCGCCCGCGCAAACCGCGCCUGCGCUCCUCUCGGCGCAACAGUGCCAGCGGCGAUCCGAAAGAGUUCGACAUGCUUGUCCUGAAGCCGAUCGACACGGGAGAGGAUGAUAAUGAGAGUUUUUAGAGCCGGUUGUCCGUUUGAAGUCCGUUUCUUGUAAAAUAGAUUAAAAAGGAAGGGAAAGGAAGGGUGCGCACGUACAAAACACGGUGAUUGCAACAAAUGGGCGACUCGAUGAUGGGAUGGGGCAAGCGAGUGGAAAAUCCUUAACUAGAUAUGUACAUAGAGCGUGUGUAUGUGUGUGUGCGUUUUGCUUCGUUUAGUUUCCUUAGAGGGUAUUGAAAAGGGAUGAUUAGUUUCUUAUCGUUACGGCGAGGAAAAACAUCCCACACCUCCACAAAUAGGGGAGUUUGGGUUUGAGUUUUCUGUUUUGUUUCGCAAACCAGUGUUUAUAAGCGCUGGGAGAUCGUACUGUAGAAAUAUUACUUCUAAGAGGAAACACACAGGUCAAUAGUUUACUCUAAUAAGUGCUCUAAGGGAGGUAGUUUCCGUUCCGUUGAUUUCACGCGAUUUCUUUUGCGGGUGGGGCGAACACACACUAUUAAACACUCCCUGCUUGUUGAGUCUGAUUAACACUAUACCAAAACAUGGAACAUGAAGGAACAGUAAAAUGAAACAGACUGUGUCCGGUGACAAAUUCACAUACUCUGGUUAAAAAAACAUAAUCAUUUAAAACUGCCAUGCUUUCUUCGACAAUGAUUUCUGUUUAGUUAAUUGUAUGCCCCUCGAACGAGCGCAGUGAAAACGGGACGGGGCUUUAUUUUGUUUUAUUUAGUUUUGUAUCCAAAUUUAAUACAACAUUAAUUCACACACCUAAACGCGCAGUUGUGAUUUCCGUCCGCGAUAAAAAGGAAAAAAGUGCAGCGCGAAACAAACAAAAAAAAAAAAAAGACAAAGGAACGUAAAAGUUGGUUGCAAUAUGCUGCGCAGUGACAAAACGGGGCAUUAGAAGUAAGGGCGGAUGUAAACAGUUAGGAAAAACAAAAUUACCUUCGUACACCCAUCCCAGCAGUGAUGGCGGUUUGGUUGGGAAUAUUUUUAUGUUGUUAAAUUUGCCAUUGGCGUUUGAUUUUUCUUUUUGGUGAAAACUUUUAAAAAAUUACAGAAUCUCAGUAAUAACGUUUGAAAUUAAGUGGAAAGACUGCACGGUAGUAUGAAAUGAAACAUUUGUGAAGAGAGGAUACGCGUUAAUUCAGGGUGAAAAAGAAGAGUUAUUCUCUUCAUUUACUUUCAAGGCAAGUGAUCCGCUUUUAUUAAUUUUCGAAUUUAUUAGUUCUUUCUCGUUUAGGCAAAUCAAAUUGGAACAAAUUGGAAUUAUCUGUUUUGCUUUCUUUUGCUUACAGCACAAAAUCAAUGAACUGGUUUUUUGAAAUAGUCGAUUUUCUUUUAAACGUUAAGUACCAUCCACGUCUCCUUUAAAUUCAUAUUUAUUGAAUAGACAGUAUAGAAUAAAUAGUAUUUUUUUGUAUGAAAAAGAAAUGGUUUAUACAUUAUUUGAUCUUUGUAUUUAGUUUAUUGAUUCUCUGUUUGUUGUUUUAUUUAAUUAGUUUUUUAUCUUAUUUUUCUUUCGUUGUCAGCACUUUGUUUCCUUUUUUGCAGAUCUUUCUCUCACAAUGCCCCAUCAUCGAGAGGCCCAUCGGCUGCACGGGCUUUGUACGUGUUGCAGUUCAGUAAAGCGGUGUGCCCAAAUCCACAAGUGCAAGUGUCGAAGGAAGGGCCACGCGUACCGUAUACCCGUUAACUAUAGGAACAAAACUAACCAAACUACUGAAACGAUCCACACGCACACACAAGUCAAUUCCAAAACUAAUUCUGUCACAGUGACAGGGAGAGUGAGCGAUAGCCGUACGGCUAGAUUUCCUUUUUGCGCCGUUGGGGCUUCAUUCAUGCGUAAGGGCUCCAAACGGGGAGGGCAAAAGAACUACGUUUGGACAGCACACCGGGGGAAGCACGGAAGCGAAAUGAGGAAGUACGCAAGGUGUUUUCUCCUUGCACCACAGAAGCAGCAGCAGCAGCAGCAUAUAAUUAUACAUAUAUAUAUAAAUAUACAUACAGAUAGGAUUUAAUCAUAGGUAGUUACACUAGCAAAUAGCCACCAUAUAAGCCUAGUCACAUACAGAAAAAAGAAAGAAAAACGUUACAUCUUUUUGCUCGAGUAGACAAAUUUCCAAAUAACAAACACACUUACAAACAAACAAACAUUCUUCAUGCAGGUAGUAGUGUAAAUAAUGCUAAUUAUUAUAUAGGCCCGCAAUUGAAACGUGAAGGAGAGGAAAAAUCCAUACGACAAAAUCAGUAGUCCGGCGGGGGUUUAUGCGAUAAUAGUAAUUUAGAGGUUUAGAGGUACUAGCGACUAGUAGAGGCAAAACAGUAGUGGCCCCAAUUCUGCUCAUUUAUUUAUAAAAAAAAACACGACAACAACACACACACACAAAAUGUACUAACCAAAAAACAAAACAAAUUCCAACCUUCAUACGUGCGCGGUAGUGUAGAGCGAUCUAACAAAUUGAAGAUUCGAAAUCGAUAAAAGAAAAGAAAGCGUAAAAGUACGAGAGAGUCGAAUCGAAAGACAGUCGUAUUUGCCUAAAACGGUGCGCAAAAAGGGAAACAGCAAAAGAAAGUAAACAUUACAACACACAACAAACACACACACACACGUUAACGCCCGUUACGUUAUCUUCCAAAAAACUCACGAUCCCAGCACACGGCGUAGGCGAUAAGGGCGGAUGAAUCUGAAGCGGGGAGUGUGUGUGAGUACUACACAUACAGAAGAAGAAGGAGAAGACGGAGAAGAAGAAGAAGAAGAAGAAGAAGAAGAAGAAGAAGAAGAAGAAGAAGAAGAAGAAGAAGAAGAAGAAGAAGAAGAAGAAGAAGAAGAAGAAGAAGAAGAAAAAUAAUCUUGAAGAAAGCAUCCAGAACCGUAAAAGACUGACAUUAAACACUCUCACACGCAUAUACACGCAGACACUAACAAAAGCGGAAGGAAAAAAGUGCAACGGUAAAGAAAAAAACCAGAAAGAGCAAAACCACACAUCCAGCAAACACUGAACAGUGCGUGUGUGCCCUCGAUUGCACUGCGAUGUACGAGAAAAGAGGGUGAAAAAGGCGUUACAAAAAAAAAACAUCCAACAAGGUAUGUUGUACAUAGAGUUUGUUUCAUUCACCUUUUUGCAAACCCAAUUCCAUUUAACGGGGUAAAACACAAAACACAAAAGCCGAGAGAAAGGAAAGAAAAAGGUUACAAAAAUUUUGAAAACGUUUGAAUGUGAGCUUUGAGUUACAAGUUUCCGGGAGCGAGAGUGGAGAGGAGGGAUUCGGUUUUGUUUGAAGUAUCUGUCGAACUGAGUAAAGGGCGAAGAAGAGCAACUAGAGCAAGCGUUUUUGUCUAGCGAGGGCGUCAACAAAUGCGGGGCGCGAAAAAAAAAACAGUUGUAAAAAGUACAAAACCUAUUAAACACAGCCACAUUGAGACGCGGCAGCACUUGAGGGCGCGUGUCGUUGCGAGUUUGUACUUCAAACCAGUAAGGAAAGUUACUGAAACACGUUGAAUUACGAGGAGGGAAACCGGAAAACAAAUUAAAGCUUCCUAUCGAUACUGCCUGGUCCUGGUUGGAUGGAUUUUCUCCCCCCGCAAGGCGCCCUUACCGCGGGUGCUUUUUCAGUUAAAUGGAUGGAAUGGUUUUAAUAAGUACGUUCCCUUUAUUUUACUAUGCAAAACCUAAAUUUUGAUUCCUUGAAAACGCAAAAGUCGCGAAAAGUAACUUCGGUUUACAGGUUUUAGUGUGUAAUAGCGUAAUGUGAGUUCAAAUCAAGUUAUCAAGCUUAAAAAGAAAGAGAGGAAAUGGUACGAUAAAGGGUACGAUAAGCCAUUUAGAGCGAUUAUGUUUUCACCUUUUCUGUUCCAAUUGGUCCCAACUAUUUGCUGUAAAUAAGAUAUUUCUAUUUAAACCAACAAAAAAAAACACGAAACUUGCACAUGCAAAUUUACACAUUUAAAGUAAUAUAACGAUCCCUUAAGAAGAAAUGAAAAAAACAUUAUUCUCAUAAUUACUCACGAUAAUACCCCAUCCCAUUUUCCCCACCCCACACACACAUCAGUGCAGAGAAUUGUUACUGUUGUCUUUUUUCGAUUUUAUACUAUUAUUAAAAAUUAGUUACGAAAAGAUACGCUUGCGAUAGACUUUUAUUUGCGUGCGCCCGCUUGUGUGUGUGUGUGAAAGUGCGAACGAAAAGGGGAAAAAAGAUGUGUUAAGGAAAGUGAAUGAAGAAAGGAAAAGAAACAAUUGUAUCAUAGAACAAGAAAAGAAAACAAACACACAGAGCGACAUACAACAAACACACACACACACAUUUAAUUGAUAAUAAUAGUAAUAGUGGAUAACUCGUUUGCUAGUUUUUUGGUAGUGCCGUUUCCGUUUUUGCAUAGCCUUUAACGAAAUAGAUUUAAAAUCUUUACUUUUUUGGCCGCCCGCCCCAAACAAACCGGCUGAUGAGGAGGGGAAGGAUCACGAUGGAUCACGCAAAGCAGCCCAAAACUGGGCAGUAGAGCUUUCCCUUUGUGUGUGUGCGAUCCUCGCGGAACGGUCGGAAGCGAUGAUACCUACUUACACUUACUUAACUCAUAUAUUCAUAUACAUAGAUAAAUUAACUACUUUAAGCAGAAUGGUGGGCUGAAUCUCGGAGCUGUGGCCACCAGCACGUGGCGAGAGAAAGAUAGAGAAAGUGGAGCGGAUGGUUACGAGCAGUUCUUACCCGUUUUUACAACAUUGAUGGUGGACCAUUUGUUGCUUUGCACAAACACUCCUUCAUUGCAAACUACGUGCGAUGAGCAAGCGAACGCACUCAUUCCAUAUUGGGCCUACAAAGGGGCACUCUGCUCGUGAAUGGCGAGCAGCACGCACAGAAGAUCGUCAAUUGUAUCACGAUCGCGUGCGAAAACCGCCAACGGGCAAUUAAAAAGAAUCUGUAUUUAUGAUAAUAACGCUCCUCCGAGCUACUACUAACACAACUAAACAGUUCAACAAACACUCUGUCACUUGCUAUUUGCGUACUACACGCGUAGAGUCUAAAAACAUGCUGCCAUACGUAUUGAUACAGCUCCCUAAUGUAUUGUGCUGCUUACUAUACCUGCUGCCAAUGCCACGUGUAUAGAGAACAGGGCAGGGGAAAGUUCGCUCGAAAGUUGCAUUAUGUUUUGAUGGGGGGUUUUCAUUCCUUUUGUUUUCUCAAUCACACUCCAAUACACACACACACAAACACUCUCAGUAUUAUGCAAGGGAUCGGACGUGAACCUCGAUCAAUCCCAUCCCUUGUGGUUGAGCACGCGCUCGAUUCUAUUCUUUCUAUUCCCCGUUUUAUCAAGCUCUCCACAGUCGACAGUCACGCAACUGAAACGUCCUUCACUUACCCACAAGAACAUUCGCAACUUAUUCACUCAACACUGUAUAAAGGCGUGAAGUAGUAGUAGCAUGAAUUUUGCAAAUAUUUAAAGAUUUGAAGAUGAAGUGAGGUGUCAUUGCAUUUAUUCACCCACUUUCCCAUUCACGUGCACAUGAAACACACGACACACACACACACAAACGCCACAGGCAAACAAGCCAACAAGAGUCCUAACGUCCGUCACUCAAAGGGAAAGAAGAAGUAAAAGAAGAGAGUGAGAGAGAGAAAGAGAGAAAGAGAAAAAGGGAGAAAGAAAGAAAGAGAAACAAAGAGAAAGAGAGAGAGAGAGAAAGAGAGAAAGAAAGAAAAAAAAGAGGGAAAGAGAGAAAGAGAGAGAGAGAGAGAGAGAGAGAAAGAAAGAGAAAGAGAGAGAGAGAGAAAGAGAGAUAAACUAUAAUUUACAUUUCAUUUUCCACUUUUAAACAGUGUGUGAAAACACAACAAUAAACAACAAAGAGAAGAAUAAAGAAUAAUAAACAAGAGAAAAGAAAAGAAAAGAAAGAACACAUAGCACAGACAAGAAACAGUACGAACAGUUUUAUAACACUAAAAGUCUCCAUCAAAUAUGUGUUAAAAGCUCUCUCUCUCUCUCUCUCUCUCUCUCUCUCUCUUUCCUUCUCUCUCUCUCUCACUCUAUCUCUCUCUCUCUCUUUCCUUCUCUCUCUCUCACUCUCUCUCUCUCUCUCUCUAUCUGUCUCUCUCUCUCUAUCUCUCUCUCUCUCUCUUUCCCACCCUUCCCCUCUGUUUUCUUUCUUGGUACGAAAGGUGUGAAAAGUAAUGGCAAAAAAGGGUAAAGAACUGCAAAGCGAAGGAGCAGUAAGUUUAAACUAAUAUGUAAAGUAAUAAACGCUACCGACAAACAUUAACGAAACCUCAUCGCAUACAUCCCUUCACUAGCAACAUACAAUUUCUUUUUCCCAAACCACACUCACAUUCAGAAAGUGUUAAAGAAUGGGAGUAAUACAGACAAAAAAAAACCAUAAAAAGAAAAAUGGCCGCAAAUCUUUAAUAUACAACACAAAACACACACAAACAUAUUAACUUAGUAUUUGAAUAAUGAUUACGAGACCAAGAAAAAGCCAGUGGGGAGGUAUCCAGAAAAGAAAGAACGAAAGAAUGAAAGAGUAAAAAUAAAUUAAUUAAGUUUUCGCUUAUUGCUUGUAAGAAUUAAGAAGUACGUAAUAAUCGAAUUGCAAACAGAUGAUAAUGGGGAAAAGAAAAGAAAUGUUACGAGCAAAAAAGAGAGAGAGAAAGCGACAAAGGAAACAGUUAAACAGUUGAUAAAAGAAAGGAACGAACAAAAACAAACCCACAAACUGAAAAUCAAGGAUAAAAAAAAACUGAAAUGAAAGAGGAAUACCGAAGAGAACGAAAGAGUGGAAGCUUUUGAACUGUGAUGGCCUUCCCGGGCAUUCGCUUACUCCUCUUUCUCUGAUACACGGAUGGUGUCGGUUUUUUGUGUGAAAUCUGACGUGUUUCUGUUUGUUUGUUUGGACCGCAAAAAGUUGCACAAUUCGAACAUGGAAAAAGGUGUUGAUUAAAGAACAAAAAAACCGAUUAAAACAGUAACACACAAAAAAUGUAAAAAAGAAAGGAAAAAAAUGAACAACAAAACCCAGAACACACAAGUGAAACAACACACACACACAGUUAAAUAGUUAUUAAAAAGCAGAACAAAAAAGAGAAAGAUUAAAACGCUGCGUAAAAAACAUCCUUUGCGAGUGUAUUCAGAAACAGAGAAGAACAAAACAAAACAAAAACAAAAAGAAAGAAAAAGUACAUACGUAAUUUGCGUUAUAGUGUGCGUUAUCAGUUCAGAACAUGAUGAAAACAUUAGACAAAAGAAGUGCUCAAAGAAUGCGAAAGAAAAGCAAAAAGAGAAAAAUAAAGCAUUAAAAGAAGCAAAUGAACAAAAAGUUAUAAAGCAACACAAUUCUAACAGCCAUCCGUUUAGAAAGUGGUUUGACGAGAAAAAGUGGUGAAGAACAGUGUGAUCAAUUCGGCUGGUCAAACGGUUACUGUACACACAAAACAUACACCUUUGUAGAGCAUUACUUACGUUUUAGUCUUCUGCCUACCAAUUUAAGCGAUAAGGAAACACAUUCCCCCUAUUAGGAAUAGACACACCGCAUACGUACUCGUACGUUGAAUUUAGCUUGACUGCCUUUGCGAUGCAAACACUAUUGUUUAACAGUCUAGAGAGACAGGCGACCCGCAGCGACCUACCUGUUGACGGAGCUUAUCUGCUUGCACUACUUACACUUUCGUUACGGUCUUGCUUGGUCUGGUCUGUCAAUGCGCACAAGUGCAACACACACACACACUGUAACGGUUAUCGCCUUCCGUUGCGAGAAACUUUAAUUUACUUUUUGAAUGUCUUAAGCCUAUACUCUCAUUUCCCCAUUUUUCGCGCACACUCAGACAUACAAACACAUACAAUAGGAACACGGCUUCAGCACGGCAAAAACUGAACUGAACAGUGAGUGGGAAAAUAAAACUAUCUAAGAAGAACUGACACACCGACACAGAAACAGAAAUGCUACACGUUUGUUACGUCUAGAUCGCUUCACCUAGACUUAGCGAGCCAUUGCAAGCAGUUGCAUAAACGAAAAUUAAACACUACCAACCAAGGUGGUGGUGCGUAGUGUUGUUUCCAUACAGCCACUGUUGAGCAAAAGGAAUAAAGCGAAUCCACGACAACAACAAAAAAAAAGGAAAAUUGAUCCAUAACUGAGCCGCAGUGAUCAUGGGUGGAAAGGGAGAGUGAAGCUUAACGACAUAAAAUAAGGAAGGAGCGAGG